GUUCACACUGAACAGCAGAGAGAAGAGGAGAGAACCUUCUGUGGCUCCUUCCGUGGGCACAGCGUUGUCUUCAGAGUUUUGAGUACCAUUUACGCCUGAGGACGCCAUCGAAGAGUAUAUAAGAGGUGCAGAGGUCACCAAGUUUUCUGAAAGAGUAGCUGAGUUGACGAACUGCAGUGAGGAGCUAACGUUCUGCCGACAUGUCCUCCUUCAAGUAUGUCAUCGUCGGAGGCGGUGUUGCAGGCGGGUAUGGUGCUUGGGAAUUUACCAAACAUGGACUGCAGCCUGGGGAGUUGGCUAUCAUCUCCAAGGAGAAGGUCGCCCCCUACGAGCGCCCCGCUUUGAGCAAGGGCUACCUCUUCCCCGAGAACCCGGCCAGACUGCCUGGUUUUCAUACGUGCGUUGGGGGGGGCGGUCCCAAGGGGUUGCCAGAAUGGUACAAGGAGAACGGUAUUGAGCUGAAGUUGGAUACGGAGGUCGUCAAGGCGGACCUCAAGAGCAAGACGCUGACGACCGACAAGGGCGAGACGAUCAAGUACGAGAAGCUGAUCAUUGCAACCGGAGCCGGAGUCAUCAACCUGAAAGACUUCAAGAUGCCUGGCGCUGACGCCGACGGCAUCUAUUACAUCCGGGAGGAGGAGGACGCGGCAAAGCUCUACGAGGCCAUGCAGAAGCAUAAGGGGGCUAAGGUUAUUGUGGUGGGCGGAGGUUACAUUGGUUGCGAGGUGGGAGCGGGACUCAGCCUGAACGGAUUGGACGUCACGAUCGUGUACCCCGAGCCGCAUUUGAUGCCCCGCCUGUUCACACCAGAGAUUGCGUCCUUCUACGAGGGCUACUACGAGGCCAAGGGCAUCAAGGUGUUCAGGGGCCGGCUCGCAGCCGCCAUCGUCCAACACGAUGGACAGCCAAAUAAGAUCCAGUGCGUGCGGAUGAAGGACGGGGAGGAGUUGCCGGCCGACUUUCUCGUGGUGGGCAUCGGGGCGCGCCCCAGAGUGGGGCUUUUCGAGGGCCAGCUCGAAAUGGCCAAGGGCGGCUUCAAGGUGGACGGCAAUUUCAAGACGAGCGAGCCAGACGUCUACGCGGUGGGUGACGUGGCGGCGUUCCCGCUGAAGAUGAAGGACGGCGAGCUGACACGUGUCGAGCACGUGGACAACGCGCGGAAGAGCGUGAUGCAGGCGGUGCAGGCCAUCAAGGCGGAGGAGAAGGGCGAGAGCAUCCCCGAGUAUGACUACCUGCCGUACUUCUACUCCCGCGUCUUCAAGUUGAGCUGGGUGUUUUACGGCGAGAACGUGGGCGACGUCGUUGUGUGGGGCCGCGAGGAGGCGAUCAAGGAGGGCGGCAAGUUUGGCGCCUACUGGGUCAACGACAAAAAGGUGGUCGGGGCCUUCCUCGAGAGCGGGACGCCGGACGAUAACAAGCUGAUGUCCGAAGUUGCGCGGAAGCGACCGAGCGUUGAGUCUCAGGAGGAGCUCAAGUCGGGGCUAGCGUUUGCGGCUAAAAUCUGAACGUUUUAUGCAGACGCAAGGGCUAGUGUUGGGCGACUGAAGAGUCGACUUUAAGCGGUUUGGCUGCGUCGCUUGCUGGUCGUCCGCAGUUUCUUGAGAACAGCGAUGAAGAAGCUGCUUCUGAAGAGCCUGGUCAAUGCUUAUCGUGAUUUGAGUGUAAACCAGCAGCGUUGAUAACAGCAUUAAGCGGGGCAGCAGUAGCGGACUCAUUCUUUAUUGGGCGAAGGCCUUCUCUCUUCGUAACAGAAACGAACUCAAUGCGGAUGUGGAGGAGAUAUAUCAUUGAUCUCCGUAGUAUCAAGUUCAAAGUGGAUCAUUGUAUCUUUGAAGUGGAGUGAGCUAGACAUGUUGACGUACUAGGUUGCAGUUCCUCGCACUCUGAGAUUCUCCAAUCGCUUCACGGCGGUACACUGUGCUUCGACCUUGCCGGGGCUCUGACAUCUCAAAUCAUGCGUCUUUCAAUG